AUGUUUAAUAGUAAUUUUAAUUGGGAUCGAAUACCAACUAAAAUAAAACGAGCCAUUGAAGCAAGUCUUGAACAUUUAGAUGAACAUAAAUUUAUAUUAAAUGAUACAAAUACGGAAUUUAUUGAUGAUUAUUGUUGGGAUUUAAUUACAUGUCAUUUAAAACAACUUCUUUAUAUAAAUUUAGCACAUAAUAAAUUUAAAAGUUUACCAACUCAUAUUUCAAAUUUAAUACAUUUACAAACAUUAAAUGUAACGAAUAAUCAUCUAGAGAAAUUACCAGCAUCAAUUAUAUCACUGUCAAAUUUACGAAUUCUUAAACUUGGUCAUAAUAAACUUCAAUCAUUACCUCGAUCAUUUGGUUCACUUCAAUCUCUUGAAAUUCUUGAUCUAACUGGCAAUGAUUUAAAUGAAGAUAGUUUAACGAAUGAUUUUUUUCAACUUUGUAAUUUACGUGCACUUUAUCUUGGCGAUAAUUUAUUUGAAACAUUUCCGAAUGAACAUAUUGAUAAACUACAAAAUUUGCAAAUACUUGUUUUACGUCACAAUCGCCUACGUUACAUACCAAAAGAACUAGCUUCUUUAUUACAUUUAAAGGAACUUCAUAUACAACAUAAUGAAAUUAAUGUUUUACCACCAGCUUUUGGACAACUUGAAUUUAGUAAUGCAAAACAUAUUUAUCGAUUUGAACCAAAUCCAUUUAUUCCUGAACUUGCUUUACAAAUGAGCAAUUUAACACGAUUAAGUACUUAUUUGAAAAGUGAUGCUUAUAGAGAAAUUCAUCAAAAUUAUUUUUUAAAUUUUGACGAUAAUGAUACGAAAACAUUAAUCAAGAAGAAUAAACAUGUUUCUACCAAGAAUAAAUAA